UAAGUAAACUAAUUAUGACCUAUUAUGAGCUAAAGCGUUGCCUAAAACCAUUUACUGUGCAAUAACUAAUAUUCCCACAAGGGAGCAGUGUAAGCUCGUUUUCAUAUGGCUGAUGUUAUGUGACGUGGAGUGCUUGCACCGGCAGCACAUAUAAUAAACUGGAAUCGAUUUAGAGAAGAUUAUCAUGGCCCAUGUUGUAGUUUACUUGUAUGUAGAAGCCUUGUUGAUGUCUAGAAAAUAAUUGUAAAAUUUAAAAUAAAAAAUGAUGGAGUCAAGUUUGGUUGGGCCAAUUUGUUGUCCACUGAAAAAUAGGAAUGCGAAAAUGUUUAAAUAUUUGAAUAUAAAUAAGAAGUAGUGAGGAAUAGUGGAUAUUAGGUCAAAUGCAUAAUUAUCUUUCUGGUUGCCAGAAACAGAUUUCACCGUAAAAAUUCCGAAUAUUACAAAGGCAGUGCUUCCAACAUUUUAUAAAUCACAAUUCCCCCAAAAUAAAUGUAUUUUGUCAUUUGUAAUUUAUGUGUAUGUAGUUGAAUAAUACUUAUAGUGUGAUGAAAUGAAUGUUCGCCUCGUGUUUAUUAUUUAAGUAACAACCGGAAGUGGUGUAUAUUUUAUUUUGGUCAGGUUGACAAAGGGUUUGUAAUCACAGGACAGCAGUCUUAUCAGUUGCUUUACUGGCUGCUACUCCGCCGCCUGCUGACAGUUAGUAGCGGUUGUAUCGCCACCGUUUGAACCGAACGCGUACGGACUAACUUUAAGUUAGCUUUAACUUACACCUAACCCGACAUCUUUAGUCGUGAAACACAAGCUGCUUUGUAGUUGUUGCACGCCUCCAUGGACACUGUUCAGAAAUUAGUGUCCGGAUUUUCUCUGGACCUGGGACCACUGAAAGAACCUCUUGGAUUUAUUCGAGUCCUGGAAUGGGUCUUCACCAUUUUUGCCUUCGCCACCACUGGAGGUUACUCUGGGACGUCCCACUUCACAGUCAAUUGCCCAGGAUCCCAGGACACGCUCAAUGUGAAGACUGAGUUUUUCUACCCAUUCAGGUUGCCAGCGAAACCAUAUGAGCUCCCGAUAUGUAACGGGACUCAAUUCAAUGUGACCUACCUGCAGGGCGACUUCUCCUCCUCGGCAGAGUUUUUUGUGUCUGUUGGUGUGUUUGGGUUCCUUUAUUGCACCGCCACACUGAUCCUCUAUCUGGGCUACCAGAAUGUCUACCGCCAGACCACCCGGGGUCCCAUCAUAGACCUGGUGGUGACUGCUGCCUUUGCCUUCCUGUGGCUUGUGUCCUCCUCAGCCUGGGGCAAAGGCCUGACUGAUGUCAAAUGGGCCACUAACCCCGAACACCUAGUGGACCAAUGCAAGGACAUCUGUGCACCAGGAGAGUUUCCUUCCAUGGGCCGUCUCAAUGCCUCUGUAAUAUUUGGUUUUCUGAACUUGAUCCUGUGGGCAGGUAAUGUCUGGUUCAUUUACAAGGAGACCCCUUUCCACAAGGAUCCUAACCAACCGACCACCAUGGAGGAAGGAGGGGCCCCUGGGCCCUAGCCACAUCACUGAGGCCCUGUACCCACAACAGAAAUGCUAUGUGCUUAACACUGGUUUUGAUGUUCACCUGCAGAAAUGGAGACAAAAGGAAGGCAAUUGUCCUAAAAAUCCCACUAUACCUCCUAAUACUGUUUUUCAGUUACGGGUCUUUAAGUUUACCCAGUCCCCAAUGACUGAGCAACACAAAGUACUUUGUUUUUACUUUAUUUUUUUAAAAUUCAAUCAUUAAAUCCCAAUUCCUAUGUGCCUUGAAAACACUAAGUGCAAAUAUAAACACUAAUUACACACUAAUUACACUACAAUAGAAGCUACUGUGAAUGGAGCCUGAGUUUGGUCUUCAGAACUGCCGACCUGCAGUGCAUUAGUUUCCACAUUAGCACACGAUCUCUGCCCUUCAUGGAGCCACAUAGUGAUGAAAUGGUGACGUAAAAACCCAGAAUCUCUACAAGUCCUCAGCCAGGGAAAAGGCAAAGAAUUAACAGAAGUUGAAAUCAAACCCCCCUCAUAUUCAAUUAAAAACAAGUUGCCAUUAGAAACAACACCCAGAAACAAACUAUUUAGGUGGGAGAAAAUACACACCUAGGAUUCUCUCUUGAGCAGGAGUCCAGUAAGGGUUUGCUCUUCUUCCAUGAUGUAAUCUGUAAGAGGACGCACCGAUUCCAAGUAUUGUAAUUCUAAACAUGUCAGUCACUUCAGUUUCAGUAGAUGAGUCAUAGCCUGAAGGUCAGAAGAUGUUGAAUGCUCUUUUUUUCCCCCCCAGUUAAAGCAACAGCUGAUACCAAAGCCCUGUUAUGUUAUCAGACUAAAACAUGUGUUUAGAGAAUGCUGUCUUUUUUUUUUUCUGAGCUCUGCCUCUAAGGCACCAGUCCAUCUAACAACUAAAUUAACAGCCAUGCCAGUCCCCCACCAAUGUUCUAAUCAACUGCCACAUACACUCAGAUAUACUCCAUAAUCACAUGGAAGAAUACACACUAUGUAAAAAGAACGACCAUGCCCCAGUCUUCUGCACUUCUCUGUACUUCAAGUGGGUCAGCUGAGACUUUUAUUUUGAAAGUGUCAUUUUGAGUGAACAUUCAGGUUGUGGGAGCGUUUGCCACACUCAUGUUUAUUUUCAGCCUGUAUUCAGAACAAGGCUCUCUACAUGUUUACUCCACUAGCUGUUGGACAAAGACCCCUGGCCUAACUGUUUAGUUCCUGUUUGAUCCAAAUGUUACAUUUACACUACUCAAUAACAUUAAGAAUCAUUAUUGUUUGACCUAUCCUUUGUAAAAGGUGACUUAAAGCGACUUUAUUUAUAUACAGUUCAUAUGUAUUUUUAUCUACAUUAAUUGGUUCAUUGCAUACUUCUUUUAAAACCAAUGUUUUUUCUGUUUGUAUCUCCCAGUGAAAAAGCAUCCGUGUGCAGCUUCUCUUUGAUUUUGUUUUUGUAACGUCAGAUUUGCUGUUAAAUUUGUUGUACCACAGAGUAGCCCUUAUGCUUUAAGUUGUGAUGGUAACUAGUUCAAGUAACAAAAGUGGAUAAAUGUUGCCAGAUGUAUGUAAUCCUGCUGUAUUUCUUCCCAUAGUUCUGCUCUACAUGUAACCUGACAGCCAGCGCCAUACAUUAGAAGGUUUUGUAUUGAAAGCCUGCAAUUGCACUAAGGGAUCUAAUGAUCUCUGUGAAGUAACUGUUUUGAUUUGAGUAAUUGGGCCAUCUGUGCAGCUGUUGUAUUUUAUCAUCAUACCCUCUGUAGGGAAUAAAUCAGGGGCUGUAAGUAAAGUAAUAUAUUUUUCACAUUAUAUUGAAAGUAGACAUCAAUUUUAUCAAAGGUAAAUCUUAGUUAAUUAGAGCACAGUGAAGUGUAAUUAAUUAUUAACACUGUUAUUUUAUGCCUUGUUUAUGCAAAAGGAAACAAUGGUUUAUCUGUAAUGACAUGUAAAACAGAGCUGCAACUGUUGGAUUCUGUCUCCUUUCUUAACUUUUCAAAAUUAGUUUUUAAGUCUGUACUAGUUCACCCACCUCAAGGUUUACAGACAUUUAAAGCCACUAUGUGCAGAAUUUGAAUGCAUCUGUCAUAGUCUGAUAGCAUGUUUUUUUGUUAAAGAAAUGACACUGUCUGCUUAAAAUGGAUGCGUCUACAUUA